GUCUGAGGAUGGGUCUAUAUAACGGAAGAGUUUGCCCUCCCUCCCUCAAACAGUUCUUUUUCCAGGUGGCAGAGACCAUGAGGCUCUCUGUAACCCUGGCACCUUGGAUUCUCCUCCUCAUCCAGGAUAUUCUGCCUCUCACGCUGGCCCAAGAGAGGACGCUGCGCUUCGUCACGCUGGUGUAUCGCCAUGGUGACCGAUCCCCUCUGGGCACCUACCCCACGGAUCCCCACAAAGCAGCACCCUGGCCACAAGGCUUCCAGCAACUCACUGAGGUAGGUAUUUUGCAACAGAAGGCACUGGGACGAUUCCUCAGAGAGAGAUAUACUGGCUUCCUGAGUGCAUCCUACAAACCACAGGAGAUCUAUAUCCGCAGCACAGAUUACGACCGCACCUUAAUGAGCGCCCAAGCCAACCUGAUGGGGCUUUAUCCAAGCUCAGAUCCAGAGAUCAGCUGGAGACCUGUCCCCAUCCACACCGUGCCUACUAAGUAUGAUAAGCUGCUGAAGCCGCCAACCCGGACCUGCCUACGAUACCAACAGCUGAUGAGAGAGACAAUUAAUUUGCCAAGCUAUCAGGCUAAAAUGGAGACCUGGAAGGGCUUUAUGAGAGAGAUGGCAAACCAUACAGGGCUUAAACAGGAACAGCUGACCCUGAGGGGCCUUUGGAGGGUCCACGACUCCCUCUUCUGCCAGAAAACACACAACCUGACCUUGCCUAGCUGGGCCACCCCACAGGUCUUGGCCACCCUUUCUGAGAUGGAAGCAUUCAAUGUCGAAGCCCAUGUGGGAAUGCAUGCAAGCCAGGAGAAGGCGCGAUUCACUGGAGGUAUAUUACUGGGCGCUAUCCUGAGCAACUUCUCCAAAGUAGUGUGCCGAGAUCUGCCCCUAAAGAUGAUCAUGUAUUCUGCUCAUGACAGCACCUUAAUCGCUCUUCAAGGAGCCCUGGGCAUUUACAAUGGUCCCCCUCCACCCUAUGCUGCCUGUCAUGGGUUCGAGUUCUACCAGGAAAGCAAUAACUCCUUCAGUGUAUCCAUGUUUUAUCGGAAUGAAAGCAGCCACCAGCCCCACACAUUAGCCCUGCCCGACUGCCCCACACCUUGCCCACUGCCGCUCUUCAUUCAUCUUACGAGGGCAGUCGUCCCACUGGACUGGGAUGCCGAAUGCCAAAACCCUCAGGAAGGCACAGGUAACGCAAGGUCUUUUCCCUCCCCCUGGGCAGAGGUGCGCAGACUCUCCCACUCACACCUGCUCAAUUCCUUCUGCAGGGCGCACCGUAACAGCAUUGGCUGUGGCAGUAGGCCUGCUGAGCACGGCAUUAAUCGGAGCAGGCAUCAUGUAUUGGAGGAGGUGAUGGGAAUAUGGGCUCACGGCAACCACAAAUCACCCUCAUGGAAAGAGUGGCUGGAGCCAAGGGGUGCAAACUCAGACUCCAUCCACAGAAGCUGAUGGUCCAAGCAGCACAGGCAAGAGGCACAUUUACUGUAGGGAAUUAUUAGGAGACUUAAAAAUAAAGCAAGUAGCGCAAUGCUUGUGAGUACUA